UGUUAUAUAUAUAUGUCAUACUCUACAUACGUCAUUAUGUAUACGGAGCCCGUCUAUUUUAUUUGAUUUUAUUUUGAAAGAAGGUUCCUAGAGGUUUGAUAUUUCACCCCACUGAACACAUGAGCAAUGAUGGGACGCUAAUAAUAGACCUGUCGUUAUUCUGAUUAAUCAUUUCAAAAGUUUUGAAAAAAACCUGUUUGCACCUUCAAUGCUAAGAAAAAAUGUGUAAUGUCACAUUCUGAGUCAUGAUGGGAUGAAAAAAGUUCCCCCAGUGCAUUUAAUAUAUAACAAAAUGUACUUAAUUAAAAGUCAACAUAAGAAAACAAUUAAUGAUAGGGUGGUGUGAUUUGGCCUGACUCGAAACAGCAUUAUUUUUACCAUCCCGAAGUUACAUUGAUGGCAAUUGGGAUAAAGGUUAAGGGUUAAGGCCCAGCAGUGAAAGUUUGAUAGUAAAUUUAAUAUAAUGUAAUCAGUAUUAUUUGUCAGUUGCAAAGAUGUGAGUAUGGAAGCCCUAAGCGGGAAUGUAUUAUUAUUUUUUUCUUUGGGUUUUCUAGUGAUCUUGACACAUCAAAAGCUGUUUCCUUACAGUGUUAUUUAAUCUCGCGCCUUGUGAAUGGGACUGGUGUUACAUGCACGUUGACAUCUUCACCAUCAUAAAUGUAAUAACUGCUGCCCGGUGUAGAGACAGACUUUAUCUCCACAUUAAGAGAGAAGGGAGUGUGUCUCCCUUCUCAAAUGUCGGACACUAAUGUGGAAGUCCUUGAUCCUGCAGGCAUGAGGUAUUUUUGUUGGCCAACCCGGAAGUUAACAUCACGCUGGUUCCCUCGACAAAAAUCCAAAAGGAUUUUUCCAUUGAUUUUUGCAUUAUUGCAGAAAAUAAACUCUGUGACAAACAAAAGUUUAUGAUUCUUACACGUUUUGUUCAUUAAGAUAAUCUUCACAAAUGAACACAACUUAAAUGAAUUUUGAAGCCUAUACACUCGCCAGAAGCUAUAAACGAAGUACACCACGGUCGCAUGGCUUUAACGUCACCACCGCUACGCUUCCGACAACUCUUUCAAACUUUAUUUUAAAAAUAAUACAAUCGGAAAAUGCUAUAAAUUGAUAAAUCUACAAGUUGGAAAGUUUGAGUUGAAAUAGUUUGUAAGAGUGUGAAUAUAAACACAAUGAGGCUGUAGUAGAUGAGUUUUCCUGUUCGGCGCGAUGAUGUUUAACGUCCCCGACAACCUCUAUAGUCUCUUUGAGCCACUUGUUAGCAACCGCCUUUUUCAAACCACGUAAAAGCUUUAAAAAAAUCACGAGUGGUGUAUUACUGAUGUAUUUUAUGUCGUAGAAUAAAAUGAGAAAAUAUCGUGAGCUUGUCUUCAUCCUAGACCUUAUUUCAGGCAUUUAACCAAAAACCCAGUAAAAAAAAACAAAAAAACAUUGACUUUAGCACAAAGGAUGAUGGAAGUACACAGAAAAAUUAAGUCGAGACCACAAGAAAACGAGAAAGAAUUAAUAAUGCUGCUUAGGGUUUCCGUACAUGACAGCAGUUAGGAAUGUCCAAUUGUGAACACUUUACAGGAAUAACAAAGGUUUCAAAAUUGAUAUACAUGUGAAUGAUAUUCACCUUUUAUACAUUUUCACUGAAUACCUCUGAUCCCGAGCCACAGCUCUCAAGUUAUCGUCCUGCAGAGUCUCAUUUUUUUUUUCCAGACUCCCAGAGAUGCUCCAAAUAUUAAGGAUUUCCACCAGUUUAGUCAGAUUAGUUCUGUUCACAGUAGGAAAAAUAUCAAACUCCACAGGGCAGUAAUCUCUAGGAACCCCUGGCCUAGAUUAAACGACUGAAAUCAACUAAUAUUUUGAGCUACCAGUAGAGGGCUCUGCAGCCCAUUACUGAAUUUUACAGUUACUGUGAGCGGCAGGUCUGUGAUAAGAGAGAUCAGAGGAGAAUGACCAGACUAGUCUGAGGUGACAGGAAGGCUUACAGCAACUCACAUAAACCACUCUUUACAAAAACGGUGAGCAGAAAAGCAUCUCAGAAUGCAGUUUUAUCCAUCUCAAAACAAAAAACACGAGUUGCACAGCAAUUAAUAAUAAUAAACAGAUGCUGUGGAAGUCAUCCCUUUGUUACUUUUGUGUGCAUUUUGAAUAGGAACUAAUGUCCUAUAUCUUUAAAUUAACCUUAGCAACCAUGUUCUAUAUAAACUAUAACAAGAGAAGAGGAAAAAUGGGUUUUCAGUGUCACAAAUGAAUGGGCAUAUAUUUAAAAUGGCCCAUAAUUACCCACAUACAUGUACACUAUUUGGGAAAAAGUUUGCGGACACCAGACCAUCACAUCCAUAUGUCUUUGUUGAACGCCCCAUUCCAGAUUUAGUCCCUCCUUUGCAGUUACAAUAAACACCACUCUUCUGGGAAGACUUUGCAGUAGAUUUGGUAACAUAUAUGUGGAGAUUUUCUUAUUUCAGCCACAAAAGCAUUCGAGAGGUCAGGUACUGAUGUUGGGUGAGGAAGCAUGGCGUGCAGUCGGUGUUUCAGUUCAUCUCAAAGGUGUUCAGUGGCAUCGAGGUCAGGAAUCUGUGUAAACCAGUCACAUUCUUCUACUCCUUGGCAAACCAUGUCUUCAUGGAGCUUGCUUUGUGCACAGAGGCAUUGUUAAGCUGGAACAGGUUUGAACCUCUUAGUUCCAGUAAAGUAACUAUACAACUGUGGAAGAACCACAUGUGUGGGAUGGUCAGGUGUCCACAUGUUUUUGGCCAUAUAGUCUAGCUAUAAAACUAAAUAAAAAUCAUACCAUUUUUAGUGCAUGAUCACUAUCUUCAUAUUGAAAUAUUUAGUUUGUUUCUUGUGACAAACAGCUUAAUUAAACUUGUUUUUCUUUCUGUCUGCUCUUUACCUGUAAUUUCAUUUCCUGUUAUUGGCUAACCAUGAAGUACAGGGCUAACUUCUGUCAUGGCUAGCUAAAUGCUAGCUAGCUAACUAGUCAGUGGCCAUCAUUGUUUGCUACAUCUUUUAGAUUACACUAAGCUAUAGGAGCUAGCUAGAUAGCCCGAGGCUAUAAUAGAAUAUGUUCAUCUGUGGUUAUGCAGUCAGGUGCAGUUUUACUUGUUAGAUGGUGAUGUUGUGGUAAAUAUUCAUUCAUAGUAAUUAGAUAAUGAUAACUACAUGCUUAUAGAGAAGAUUGAUCUACACUUGAAAACUUUUAAAAGGUUUUUUUUUUUUUUGGCAAUGCAGUUGACAGUGCUGUACGACAGAGCAAGAACAGUAUUAGCCGGACAUGAGACAUCAUGGCAUCGUUAAUAUGGGGAUAUGGGGAUGAUAUUGGAGUAGUAGAACAUCAGUGUUAGUUACUAAGAGGUCACAAAUAACACUGUCAGGAACUUAAAUAUUUUUGCUUGAAUAAAAAUGUUUGGCAUCAUUUCACGAGUAUUUCUUUAAACAUGUAUUAACUUAGAAAUAUAUUGUAUUAGUUUCUGAACUCAAGCCUGGUACAAUAAAAAGUUCUAGGUAUCAGCCUAAAACUUCUAAACAACAUUGUGGGUGCAUUUUUUGGUAAGAUAUACUCAUGUGUAUGAUGUGGUAAGAUAUACUCAUAUUCAGUAUUUCGUCAAUACAAAGAAGAUCCGCCUCAGGAAACUGCAGCUCAGUCUCUUAUCAGAUUGAAUCUGUUAUCAGAUUGAAGUUUAAUGUACAUAACCUGAUUUGACAGUCAGCAUUUGAACUAAUGAGACAUGGCUCUGACAUACUCCAGCAAUAUGACAAACUCCAGCAAUACAUCUGAUGAUUACAACGAUUACUAUGCCAUGGCUCCUGACAUGUACCAGACGUGCAACAACAACAAUGUAAGGGCCUUCAGCCAAGUCUUCCUUCCUACCCUCUACAGCAUUGUCUUCAUUGUGGGAUUCAUUGGCAAUGGCAUGGUGUUAUGUGUCCUUAUCAAGUACCACAACAGGUCAAAUGUGACAGAUGUGUGUCUCUUCAACCUGGCCCUUUCAGACCUCCUCUUCCUGAUCUCAUUGCCUUUCUGGGGCCAUUACGCCGCCAUCUCUGAGUGGACCUUCGGGGGCUUCAUGUGUCAUGCAGUGACAGCACUCUACAUGCUGGGAUUCUAUGGAAGUAUCUUCUUCAUGAUCCUCAUGACUGUAGACCGCUAUGCCGUCAUUGUCCAUGCCCAUAACUCUCUCUUCUCCAAGCACCGGUCUGUCAGAGCUGGCAUAGCUGUGGCUUUCUUUAUGUGGGCACUUAGCUUGGGAGCUUCUCUGCCAACCAUCAUUUUCUCCAAAGUGAAGAAUGAAUCAGAUGGUAGUACAUGCAAGGUGGAAUAUCCACAAGGGACAGCAUGGGAGUCCUUCUCUUACAUUGAGCUGAACAUCCUCGGCUUGAUCAUUCCUCUCUCAGUGAUGGUGUUCUGCUACUCGCGUAUCAUCCCCAUCUUAAUGGCCUUGAAGUCUCAGAAGAAACACAAAGCUGUCAGGCUCAUCCUUGUCUUGAUCAUUAUUUUCUUCCUCUUCUGGACGCCCUACAACAUAGUCGUCUUCCUGAAGUUCCUGCACAAAUUGGGCUACAUGAACACCUGUCAGUGGGAACAGGACCGGCAUAUGGCUAUGCAGUGGGUGGAAACCAUAGCGUUUAGUCACUGCUGCCUCAACCCCAUAAUCUAUGCCUUUGUGGGGCAGAAAUUCAGAAAUUUAGUUCUCAAGAUUCUGAAAGAGUGGUUUCCUGUUUGCUUUGGUCAGUGCACAACAAUUGUCAGUGAGUUCUCAGAGAGAAGGAGCGCUAUGUACUCACGCUCCUCAGAGAUAUCCACGACAAAGAUUAUGUAGUCACAGGGUGCUGAUGGCAAUGGGGUUUUAUCAGAGGAAAUCAAAAAGCUGCAGAUUUGCUCAGCAAUGCACAGCAUUACUGGUGCAAUGCUUUCGAAUUUCUAAAAGUAUGUCAUUGCGUUUAUUCAAUUUUGCUUCUUUUGGGAUUCUGUUUUGGUCAUGUGAAAUUGUUUUACUAUACGUUUAUUGUUAGUUAUGCACAGCUUAUGCGUAUGUUUAGAAUAGAAGCUCAAUUUAAAACUGCAUAAAUGGUCUGCAUAUAGCAUAACAGGUAUUACAUACAAUGUCUUUACUGAGCAGCUGAAUUAUGUUGAAAGUGCAAAUAAACAUUAAGUGUUUACCCAAUG